GCCACUCCCCGGCCCCACAAUGCACUGCGGGCCGCGUCACUCGUAGCGGCGGUUUCUGGCUAGACAGGUCUUCUCUGUCAGUUGAAAUGUCUAUGAUUUUAUCUGCCUCAGUCAUUCGUGUCAGAGAUGGACUGCCACUUUCUGCUUCUACUGACUAUGAACAAGGCACAGGCAUGCAAGAGUGCAGAAAGUACUUUAAAAUGCUCUCGAGAAAACUGGCUCAGCUUCCUGAUAGAUGUACACUGAAAACUGGACAUUAUAACAUUAAUUUUAUUAGCUCUAUGGGAGUGAGCUACAUGAUGUUGUGCACUGAAAAUUACCCAAAUGUUCUGGCCUUCUCUUUCCUGGAUGAGCUUCAGAAGGAGUUCAUUACUACUUAUAACAUGAUGAAGACAAAUACUGCUGUCAGACCAUACUGUUUCAUUGAAUUUGAUAACUUCAUUCAGAGGACCAAGCAGCGAUAUAAUAAUCCCAGGUCUCUUUCAACAAAGAUAAAUCUGUCUGACAUGCAGAUGGAAAUCAAGCUGAGGCCCCCUUAUCAAAUUUCCAUGGGUGAACUGGGGUCAGCCAAUGGAGUCACAUCUGCAUUUUCUGUUGACUAUAAAGGUGCUGGUAAGAUUUCUUCUGCUCACCAGCGACUGGAACCAGCAACUCUGUCGGGGAUUGUGGCAUUUAUCCUUAGUCUUUUAUGCGCAGCUCUGAAUUUAAUUCGAGGCUUUCAUGCCAUAGAAAGUCUCCUGCAGAGUGAUGGUGAGGAUUUUAAUUACAUUGUUGCAUUUUUCCUUGGAACAGCAGCCUGCCUUUACCAGUGUUAUUUAUUUGUCUACUACACCGGCUGGCGGAAUGUCAAAUCUUUUUUGACGUUUGGCUUAAUCUGUCUAUGCAACAUGUAUCUCUAUGAACUGCGCAACCUCUGGCAACUUUUCUUUCACGUGACUGUGGGAGCAUUUGUUACACUCCAGAUUUGGCUGAGGCAAGCCCAGGGCAAGGCUCCUGAUUACGAUGUCUGACACCAUCCUUCAGACUUGUUGCCUUGGCUUCAGGGGAAAAAGGAGGGACCAUAUCUUAACUACCACUGUGAUGAAGAAACUGUUCACCACAAAUGAGAAGCUCUGCUGUCUUUCUCUCCAGCUGUCCUUUUCGUUUUAAGUCAGCAUGGCAUGCCUAUGAGCAUGCCAUACCUGCUACACAAACUCCUCUCAGCAGAAUGUUGGCCAUGAGAUGAUCAAUCAGAAGAAGAUGAGGAACCCUCUCUGCAGGUCCAUGGCAGUGGAAGAACAGUCAGAUGCCGUUGGAAGACUUGGCCAGCAGCCCUGAAUCCUGGCUGGAGAGUUCAGUCAAAAAUUAUGUGUGGUAUUUGCUCUGAGAACUAAGCAGUAGCUCUACAACCUGGGUUUGCCUUUGUGAGGCAUUAGUGUAGACCAAAUAAAAAGAUGCUGCAGUGAA